GUUAAUUAAAUUCUGAUUUCCGAUAGAGUCAAUUAUCUAUUGAACUGUGUGUUUCUAAAAUGUCACCAAUCAGAAAGAUCGUCAUCUUUGGAGCUACUGGAAACACCGGAUUAGCAACAGUAGCGAAAGCCAUUGAAAAGGGCUUGGAAGUGACCGCUUUUGUCCGUGAUCCAAGUAAAUUAUCUGGUGACCUCAAAGUGUCUCAAGUGAUCUCUGGUGAUGUUACCAAUCCCUCUGAUGUUGACAAAGCGAUUGCAGGUCAAGAUGGUGUGGUCAUUGUUUUGGGAACACGAAAUGAUUUAGGACCUUCGACUAUUAUGUCCGAUGGAACCAAGAACAUUAUUGACUCGAUGAAAAAUCAUGGUGUCAAUCGAGUCUCAGCUUGUCUCUCAUCUUUUCUUUAUUGGGAACCUGAGAAAAUUCCUCCCACCAUGAGAAAUGUUCAUGGAGAUCAUUUGAAAAUGUUGGAUUAUCUGAAAAAUUCUGGACUCGAUUGGGUUGUACUCUGUCCACCUCAUAUUGAUAAUAAUCCAAGUGAUAAACAGUACGUACUUAAAAAGGAAGAACGAGUUGGAGCGGUCAUUUCUAAAUUUGAUCUCGGCGAUGCUCUGGUCAGUGUUUUGUUGACCAACGAUUGGCUUAAUACUAAAGUUGGAAUUGGUUAUUAAAACCAAGAAGAUCUUUAAUUCUUCUUCUGGAUUUUAGUAUAACCAUUAAGAGAUCGCAAUGGAUAAAUCACCUAAAUGGAAUAAUUUCAAAAUAAUCAACCGAUUAAAUCGGUUGAUAAAUUUCUCAUUCUCUUGGAACAGGAUCCAAUAUUUACUGAAUUGAUUAAAUUUUUCAAAAUUCUGACAAAA